AGGUGCGAGGCGGAGUGCGCGACGGCUGGAUGUAGAGGAGCGAGCUGCUGGCUACAAAGAAGACCCACACCUGAUGUAAGUCAGAGUACAGCAGAAAAUGUCCACUGAACGGACUUACUGGACAAACCUGUCCACUAUUCAGAAAGUAGCCCUGGGCCUUGGCAUCCCAGCCAGUGCAACAGUUGCCUAUAUCCUGUACCGCAGGUACAGGGAGAGCAGAGAAGAGCGGCUGACGUUUGUUGGGGAGGAUGACAUCGAGAUAGAGAUGCGGGUUCCCCAGGAGGCUGUGAAACUCAUCAUUGGCCGGCAAGGAGCCAACAUUAAACAGCUGAGGAAACAGACAGGAGCUCGGAUUGAUGUGGACACAGAGGAUGUAGGCGAUGAGCGGGUGCUGCUUAUCAGUGGUUUUCCUGUUCAGGUGUGCAAGGCCAAAGCAGCAAUCCACCAGAUCCUGACAGAGAAUACCCCAGUGUCUGAGCAGCUCUCAGUUCCCCAGAGAUCUGUGGGCAGAAUCAUAGGGAGAGGCGGUGAGACGAUUCGUUCUAUCUGCAAAGCCUCUGGAGCCAAAAUUACCUGCGACAAAGAAUCAGAGGGGACGUUACUGCUCUCAAGACUUAUAAAAAUCUCAGGAACACAGAAGGAAGUGGCAGCAGCCAAGCAUCUGAUACUAGAGAAAGUUUCAGAAGAUGAAGAACUUCGGAAGAGAAUUGCUCAUUCUGCAGAAACCAGAGUUCUGCGCAAGCAGCCAAUCAGUGUGAGAAGACAGGAGGUACCUGAGGCAGGUGGACCUGGAGAGCUGGCCUUACAGAAGAACAGCAGUUCUAGCAAGAGGCAGACUACACCCCUGGCCAUUCCUCCCCACAGAGGAGGUGGCGACGUGGCUGUUGUAAGACCAAAAGAAGAUUCCUGGGAGAAACCUAAUGAUGACAGCUUUCAGAAGUCUGAAGCCCAGGCCAGUCCGGAGAUGUCCAUGUUUGAAAUCCCCAGUCCUGACUUCAGUUUCCAUGCUGAUGAGUACCUGGAAGUCUAUGUCUCUGCUUCUGAACACCCUAACCACUUCUGGAUCCAGAUCAUUGGCUCCCGCAGCCUGCAGUUGGACAAGCUUAUCAAUGAAAUGACCCAGCACUAUGAGAAUAGUCUGCCUGAAGACUUGACUGUGUAUGUGGGAGACAUCGUAGCAGCUCCUUUACCUGCAAAUGGUUCAUGGUAUCGAGCCAGAGUCCUUGGCACCUUGGAGAAUGGAAACUUGGACCUGUAUUUUGUUGACUUUGGAGAUAAUGGAGAUUGCCCCCUGAAGGACCUCAGAGCACUCAGGAGUGACUUCCUAAGCCUUCCAUUUCAAGCAAUAGAGUGUAGUCUGGCACGGAUCGCCCCCUCAGGUGAACAGUGGGAAGAGGAAGCUUUGGAUGAGUUUGACAGACUCACUCACUGUGCUGACUGGAAGCCUCUGGUGGCUAAGAUCUCUAGCUAUGUCCAGACUGGGAUUUCAACUUGGCCAAAGAUCUACUUGUAUGAUACUAGCAAUGGGAAGAAACUUGAUAUUGGGCUAGAAUUAGUCCAUAAAGGAUACGCAAUUGAGCUUCCUGAAGACAUGGAGGAAAACAGGGCUGCCUCAGACAUAUUGAAGGAUGUGGCCACAGAAACAGAUGCCUCUCUCAGCAGCAUGAUCACUGAGACCAAAAAGAGCCCUGGAGAAAUAGCGCAUACUCUGUCUUGCCUCAGUCUAUCAGAAGCAGCCUCGAUGUCUGGUGAUGAUAACCUUGAUGACGACUACUUGAUCUGAAGUCUGUGCUUCAGCUGGCUCAGCCAUCUGCUUUGCUAUGAUUUGGUGCUCGGAGAGGAGUCUGUGAAAAGAAUUCCUUUAUUAUGCACAUGGUCUUGCUUGCUGUGGACCGAGUCCAUUUUCUCCUUCCACUGGGCUACUAGAAAGAGUACGGGGCAGAGGGAGACAAAUACCUCUCCCUUGCUCCAUCCCGAUCCCUCCCCACCCUCCAGCGUGUGCUGCGUUACUCCCAGGCUGCUCAGCGUCAUGCUUGGUCCCCUCAGCCAGUCCGUAAUGUACAUUACUGCUAGGCUGCGUCCUUUCUGAGGUUGGGAAACAGCCAGGCCUUGGUCACUGGGAGCGGUGAUUCUGCAGACUUCUGACUCAUCUCCUCAGAUGACUGGCUAAGGGAGUUUUUGAGUGGUGAACUCAAAGACUGGGGAUUCAAACCCUGCAGUUGAGUCAGGCAAAUGCAAACAGCAGCAGAAUUAAAUCAAAAGACCUCAAAAAGUGAGAAGAGAAUCUCACCUCCCAGCCUCAUUACAGAUAUGUCAGCAGAGACAGGUAACGGUACUCCAGCUAUUCAUAAACCUGAGUUAAAAUACAAGCGGACGAGAAGAGGGGUGGCUCAUGAAAUACCCCAAACUGCUGGUAGAGUGUCUGCCUGUGUGCACACACAGAGAGAAAGAGAACUCAUAUAGUUCUGUUUAAAUCAUUUGGAGGAUUCUUUUGCUGAAUAAAGUUCUCAAGAAAAUUACCUAAAACCAAGUGCUGAUUGAAUCACAAGAUGAAAGCAGGCAUGUGCAUAAAAUAUCUUCUGAGCCUGAAGCUGAUGACAGUCCCCACUACCUUGCAAAGGGGCCCAUCUAGGAAAUAAGUGCCCCUCCCCUAUACACAUUUCCAUUCUUUCCUAAAGUUAACUGUUCAUGAAGAACCAGGACCACUUUGGGUUGAGGCUGUGUAAUAAGACCUGGCCUAAACAUUUUGGAAGAAAAGGCCUGCAUCGGAGACUUGGAUCCGAGGACAGGAUCUCACCAUAAACUCCCUGUCAGGCUCUGGGUAACCUGUUUCCACUCUUCACUAAUGCACACUACUGUUUGGCUGCAUCCUUUUCCCUAGCUGGAAAGACACUGUAGGGACCAGCAGUUAGCAUAAUGGCUAUGU